UUUUUUGCUACGAGCACAGCGUUAUUUCUUGUGUUAAAGAGCGCUCUAUCGCGGCCAAAUAAUCGAUCGAAAAUUUAAUCGCAAAGACUCACUUUAAACGCUCGAGUAGAAUGAGUAAGAAGAAAACGAUGGCCAUCGACUUCCAAGACAACAUGAUACUGCUUACGCGGAAAUAUCUGAAACGUAAAAUAAUGUGCCCUGAAACGAAAUUUAGGCAUCAUGUUAAAGAGCGGCUACAUGUGUUAGACUUGGUGAAACGUACUGUUGAAACAGGAGAAAGUAAUUCUGCCUUGCUAAUCGGACCCAGAGGCAGUGGAAAAACGACGCUUGUUAAUAGUGUCUUAAAGGAAUUGUCUGCUUUGAAAAACUUUAAAGAGAAUGCACUAAUAGUGAAUCUUCAUGGAUUAGUCCACACUGACGAUCGUUUAGCACUGAAAGAUCUGACUCGUCAGAUGCAGCUGGAGAAUGCAGUUGGUGAUAAAGUUUUCGGCACAUUUGCGGAAAAUUUGAGCUUCUUAUUAGAUUGCUUGAAGUCUGGCGAUAAGAAACGUUCCAAACCAAUCAUCUUUAUACUUGAUGAGUUUGAUCUGUUCUGUGAACAUCACAACCAGACAUUAUUGUACAAUCUGUUUGAUGUUGCUCAAUCUGCACAGGUGCCAAUAUGCGUAUUAGGGAUAACUUGUAGAUUAGACGUCGUGGAAUUGUUAGAGAAGAGAGUGAAGUCCAGAUACUCACAUCGUCAAAUAUUUCUUUUUCCUGGCGAUACAUCAUCCUCGGAACAACAUACGUCUGCGUUCGAUGAUCGCCUGGAACUGUUUCGGGAUCUUCUCAGCUUACCUGACGACGAGAAUGUAAAUAAAGUUGAAGAGCAAUAUGAUGAUUGUACGAUAGAUCCGCAAUUUGGAUCUAUGUGGAACGAGUAUAUUAAAAGUUUAACGACAAAUGUCACAAUGGUGAACUUACUGAAGAGAAUGUAUCACAUCGAUGUGAGCGAGAGGAGCUUUAGAAAUUUUCUGGCGGUGGCCGUCUCGACAUUAUCCGAAAAGCAUCAGAAAUUGGAAGUGAAUGAUUUUGUGGAAGCGAGUAAGAUCUUUUCACAGGAUGACAAACUGCUGAUGCUCGAGGGAUUGUCCAUUUUGGAAAUGUGUUUGAUAAUAGCCAUGAAGCAUGAAACAGACAUUUAUGACGGCGAACCACUCAAUUUUGAAGCGGUUUACAACCGCUAUGUUAAGUUUGCAAAUCAGAAUUCUUCUAUACAGUCUGUUCAGAGACCAGUUAUCAUGAAAGCUUUCGAACAUAUCAAGAACUUAGAGAUCUUGACACCAAUUGGAAGUACAAAUACAAAAUUCGAAAAGGAAUAUCAAUAUUAUAAAUUCACAUUAACAUCGCAGCAAGUUAUGGAGGCUGUAAAAAAUUAUCCAGGUCUUCCUACAGAAGUUUCUCAAUGGGCAACAAGCAGUAUAUAAUAACGGUAUAGUUGCAAGCUCAUAUAUAUCCAAUUGUGUUCUAUACAUCACAUAUAUUACAUAUAACUGGUAAGUUUCGACUUUAGCGAUGUCCUGUGAAAUAAAUUUUUAGACAUUGCAAUAUUUUAUAUCACAUUAAUAGAUGGAAUAUUUAUACGUAUAGAAAUACGUGUAGGAAUCAACGGCGCGUUAAUUUUUUUAUACUUUUUUUUAUGUAUAAACGUAAUUAUUGAGCUCGUCUUCAUACUCUUAAUUAAUCAUUACCAUAAAAAUAAACGUUAGAAGCAAAUUAUGAGGAGAUUCAGAACUUUAUCUAUACAUUAUGCCCUCCAAAAACGUGUGAUAUUCUAGUCUUAUACAUUUUCAGAAUAUACUCACAAAUCUUCCAUUAACACAUGUACAUUCAAUUUGUAUUUUCUAAAUUGAGCUCAGAAUAUUUUCAAGUAUCGAUUAUUCAGAAUAUACAAUCGUUCUAAAAAAAUAUAGAAGCACGAUGAUAUUGUAAAUAUCUUUGCCAUGCGCCAGUACAAUAUCUGAAAAGGGAAUAGUAUUAUUUUGUGAAUAUAAUAAAUGUGGUCUUCAGGAACAGUUCCUGCCAAUAUAUAAACGAAGUAGAGUAUCCAGUGUAAUCAUUCUUGGUAUAUGAAGCUAUAAAUAAGGAGUAAAUAUUUUAGGCACAAUUAUUUAUGGAAAUAAACUUCCUAUAAUAACACGCGUUAUUAAUAUAAAGCAUUUUCUUAUCGAAUGUCCUAGAUGGUUAAAUUAUUCAACUAAAACGAUAUCCGUGCCAUAAGCUAUGUACCGUGUUAAAUUCAGUUUGUCUGUGAUCCGUUUAUCAUGUCCACUUAUCUCUGUGUCGUGUGUGCGUGCGUAUGUGUGCGCGAUCAAUAUUUAUAUGUACGAAUGCGUAGAAAUUCAAAUAUUUAUUGUAUCGGAAUGUGUGUCUCUCGUACACACACACACAUUGUUCGGACGUGUUAGAAUGCAACGAAGUUAAAACGUGCACGUGUAUAUGUUUAUACAUUUGUAAUAAAUUUAUAUCUGACGAGGUAUCAAUAAAAAUCUCGUUGAUUCUU